AUGGCUUCAUCAUCUGGAACUAAAAAGGUGAAAGUGCCUGAAAAGGUUUAUGUAAGGGACGAGGACUCUGAUGAUGAUCUCAUAGAUUUCUCUUUCCUGGAUUUUACACCAGAGACCUUUAAACCAACCUCAAACAUGUCUGAUGACCCAUUCCUUAACAUAUUAUGUGAUGAAAAUAUGCUAAGGAGGACUCUUGAUGGAAUGGGAGAUGAUGAUCAGGAAGCUGGUGUUAAGGAUCCAGAACAUGAUCAUAUUGAUGAUCAAAAUGAUGGUGAAUUGGGUGUAGAGUACAGGGUUCAUGAUCCAGACAUCCAUUGGAAACAAAUGAAGCAUGUAGUGGGAGAGUGUUACGAGUGCCCUUCUCAACUCAGGUUUUAUCAUCAAGUUGCUACAGUUUCUCAAUGGAAAGGUGACUUUGGCCCAAACACCUUAGAGAAGAUUAAGGAGUUUGGAAAGCAUAUGAGGUUCUGGAUAGUAAUACCAAGUGGAGGGGCAUUAUUUGAGACAAGACAUGGAUAUUCAGCUUACAUGGUGGAUUUAGAUGCUCAUUCUUGUUCAUGCAGAUUAUGGGAGAUAUCAGGGUUACUAUGUGUCCAUGCUCAAGCUGCAAUCCAUUUCACACAUAGAGAUCCAACUGAUUUUAUUUCAUUUUGA